AUGGCCAAAAAGGGCCAAGGGCAAAAAAGGACGAAGGGCCAAAAAGAGCAAAGGGCCAAAAAGGGCCAAGGGACAAAGGGCCUAAAAGGGCAAAAAGGGCAAAGGGCCAAAAAGGACAAAGGACCAAAAAGAGCAAAGGUUAAAAAAGGGCAAAGGACCAAAAAGGGCCAGGCAAAAAAAGGGCAAAGGGUCAUUAAGGGCGAAAACGAGCAAAGAGCGAAAAAGGGCAAAGGGCCAAAAAUAGCAAAGGGCAAUAAAGGGCAGAGGGCAAAAAAGGGCAAAGGGCCAAUAAGGGCAAAAGGCCAAAAAGGGCCAGGGACAAAAAAGGGCCAAGGACAAAAAAGGGCCAAAAAAGGCCAAGGGCAAAAAAGGCAAAGAGCCAAAAAGGGCCAAGGACAAAAAAGGAAAAGGGCCAAAAAGAGCAAAGGGCUAAAAAUGGAAAAGGGCCAAAAAGGGCCAAGGGCAAAAAAGACAAAGGGCCAAAAAGAGCAAAGGACAAAAAGGGCAAAGGGCAAAAAAGGACAAAGAGCCAAAAAGAGCAAUUAG